AUGGCGAACGGCGGCGGCGGCGGCCGGCGGCGCAAGGGGGCGCGCCGGGCCAAGCCCAAGAAGAAGACCAAGUACCUCAGCCUCAGCCGCCACCUCUCCCAGGCGGCGGAGGUCGUCCACAGGUCUGAGUCCCUGUCGGUGGAGGAAUCUUUGCCGCUGGAGGCGCCGUCGGCGGAGGAGACGCUUGAGGAGGACGGAGCCGGGCAUGAGCAGCAGCAGCAGCUCGACCCGUUCGCGCUGCAUCCCGAGGCGCCGUCCACGCUAUUCGCGGCGGCGCCGUCGCUCAACGACAUCCUCGGCGUCUCCUCCCCCUUCUCCGGCGGCGGCUCGGGUGGCUCAUCCUCGUGCGCCCCCUCCCCGGACGCAUCCGGCGGGAGCGGCCGCUUCGAGGGCGAGGAGGAGGACCUGGCGCGCCGCGCGCUGCGGGGCAGGGAGCGGUGGGUGUACUGCAGGAGCAGCUCCUCCUCCCCCAGCGCCGCAACUGCGACCACCACCACCACCACCACAACCUCGUCCUCGUGCUCGUCGGCCGCGAGCACGGGCGCCGCCUCCGCGCGGCCGCCGCUGCUCAAGCUGGACUACGACGAGAUCCUGGCCGCCUGGGCCGGCCGCGGGUCCCUCUACAUCGGCGCCGCGCCGGCCCUCGCGCCGCCCAAGCUGGAGCCCGACUCGGUGUUGGUGGAGGUGGCGCCGGGGCGGCAGGCGGCGGCGUGGGUUGCGCCGGAUGCGACCGGGAGGGCGGAGAGGGUCAGGCGCUACAAGGAGAAGCGCCAUGCCCGCCUCUUCUCCAAGCGGAUCCGGUACGAGGUUCGCCGCAUCAAUGCCGUCCGGCGGCCGCGCUUGAAGGGCCGUUUCAUCAGGGGGAACGAAGGUGUUGCGAUGGCCACCUGAAGCGAGCUCCAGCCUUUAUCGCAGUGCUUGCUUCAUUCAGUUACAAGAAUGG